CGUGUGUGUCUGUGUUGUUGUUCGGCGGCAGCGGCGGCGGCGGUAAGAUGGCUGCCCACGGGGGCUCCACGGCGUCCUCGGCGCUGAAGGGGUUAAUUCAGCAGUUCACGGCCAUCACCGGGGCAAGCGAAAGUGUAGGGAAGCAUAUGCUUGAAGCCUGCAACAAUAAUCUGGAGAUGGCAGUCACUAUGUUUUUGGAUGGUGGAGGAAUCGCUGAAGAGCCCAGUACCAGUUCAGCAAGUGUCUCCACUGUCAGACCACAUGCAGAAGAAGAAGUUCGGGCUCCAAUUCCUCAAAAGCAGGAAAUAUUGGUGGAACCAGAACCCUUGUUUGGUGCUCCUAAAAGACGACGGCCUGCACGUUCAAUAUUUGAUGGUUUCCGGGAUUUUCAAACUGAAACUAUUCGGCAAGAACAGGAAUUAAGAAAUGGAGGAGCAAUAGAUAAGAAACUAACUACCCUUGCAGAUCUAUUCCGGCCACCCAUUGACUUGAUGCAUAAAGGCAGCUUUGAAACAGCCAAAGAGUGUGGCCAGAUGCAGAAUAAGUGGCUGAUGAUAAACAUUCAAAAUGUGCAAGACUUUGCAUGCCAGUGCCUCAACCGUGAUGUUUGGAGCAAUGACGCUGUGAAGAAUAUUAUCCGGGAACAUUUCAUUUUCUGGCAGGUUUAUCAUGACAGCGAAGAAGGUCAGAGAUACAUCCAGUUUUAUAAGCUAGGAGAUUUCCCCUAUGUUUCUAUCUUGGACCCACGAACAGGCCAGAAGCUAGUAGAGUGGCAUCAGUUAGAUGUAUCUUCUUUCUUGGACCAAGUGACAGGAUUCCUGGGUGAACAUGGGCAACUGGAUGGACUUUCCAGCAGUCCCCCCAAAAAAUGUGCCCGCUCAGAGAGCCUUAUAGAUGCUAGUGAAGACAGCCAGCUAGAAGCUGCCAUCAGAGCCUCCUUGCAAGAGACACAUUUUGAUUCAACACAGACAAAACAGGAUAGUCGCUCAGAUGAAGAAUCUGAAUCUGAACUUUUUUCUGGCAGUGAGGAGUUUAUAUCCGUUUGUGGUUCCGAUGAAGAAGAGGAGGUAGAGAGUCUUGCCAAGUCCAGAAAGUCUCCCCAUAAAGAUUUGGGGCAUAGAAAAGAGGAUAACAGAAGGCUACUGACUGAGUCUCAAGGCAGGACUGAGCCUGGAACAACCACGAACCAUCAAGGAUUGCCAGGCAUGGAUUCAGAAAUAGUGGAGAUGUCACCUGAAAAAUCAGAUGGAAUAGUGGAGGGGAUAGAUGUAAAUGGACCAAAAGCACAGCUGAUGUUGCGGUAUCCAGAUGGCAAAAGGGAACAGAUCACUCUCCCAGAGCAAGCUAAAUUGCUAGCUUUGGUGAAGCAUGUCCAGUCUAAAGGUUAUCCAAAUGAACGUUUUGAACUUCUCACCAACUUCCCUCGAAGGAAACUGUCUCACCUGGACUAUGAUAUUACAUUACAAGAGGCAGGCCUCUGUCCUCAGGAGACUGUCUUUGUACAGGAAAGAAAUUAACACCAUGGCCUGACCUCUCUCAGCUUACCCCUUUUUUCCCUUUUCCUGUGAGAUACCAUGUCACUGGGUAUGCAUUUUGGCUCAAAGGACCAUAGAGCCAAAAUUGGGCAAGCAAGUCACCUGCCUUCUCUUUUAUUUCUUGCUCUUCUAUAAUCGGUCUGUUUUUUCUUUCUCCUCCCCCCCCCCUUUCUUUCCUCUCUCUUCUGUUUUCCUCUUUUUCUGGCUUUUCUUUGUUCCUUUCUCUCUUUCUUACCUAAUCUGGUGACCAAAUGGAAGUAUAAAGAUAAGAUUUCUUCUAGAACUGGCAGCAGAAAAUGUGUGUUUCAAGAAAUGGUCUCUUGCACAGCACUUUUUGGGGAUCAAAUAGUAUGUUACUCCUCAGACUUCUUUGGCAAAGGAAUGGCUAAAUUCAGAAUAAGAACCGUCUCCCUUUUUCGUGAGUCCCAUUUUUAGAAGGAAGAAAACAUUCUCUAACACAUUUCAUUUCGUUCUGUUUUGUUUUUAUGUAGGAAGUAUCACGUAACAAAGUGUCCAGACUUUUGUUUACAUGGACAAAGCUCCCCUUAUAAGUAUUGCUUAUCAUAUUAAAAUACUUUUUACCCCCCAAAGGAUUUCCUCCCUUCCAGCUCCAAGAUUUCCAUGAUACGUAUUAUUGACAAAAUGAGUGUUAAAUGUAGGGUGAGUAGUAUGGGGUAGCUUUCAGUGUCCUAGCCUGAGACAGCUUCCUUCAUUAUUAACUAUAAACUAUAUUGAUCCUGCUAGCCCUGGAAUGGACAUUUAGUGAGCAAAUUGUGGUAACUGGGACAGGAAGGCAUUUGCUGUGUUUUUCCAGUACCAAGGCAGUUGUUCAAUAAUCAUGCAGUAAAAUAGCUUGUAAUUGUAACCUCUGUGGUUAUUGAUUGUCCUAUGUGUUUUUGGGCAUACUUAUGUAUGUCCCAGGGGAAAAAGAAAAAGAUGCAGCUGAGAGUUGCUAACCAUGUACUUUGGUUAAAAAUGAUGAUUCAUUUUGAACCCUGGUUAGAAUAGUCUUUAAAAGGCUCUGGUGACUAAUGAGCUUUUAUCCUCAUGCUGUUUUCUUGCAAAAGAUAUCAAAAACGAAAGACUCCCUAAGGGGAAGACCUUUAAACUCAAUUCAUAAGACACCAUUUAGUAAGUGGGAGGAGGGGAUUAGCAGUAAUUUUCAGAUGUUGUGGGCUUUUUCUGCCAACAAAAGCCACUUUCAAAUUGUAGUUGGUGAAAGCUUUUUCAGUGUUAUUUAGAAGAGACCAUCUUGAAUCUGUAUAAUAGUGUUUGCUUAGCUUCACUAUAUGCUCAAUUCUCAUUUAGAACUUCAAACAGAAUCUCUAAAGGAAUUGUAAUGAUUCUAGUGGCAAAAUCGGAACUUUAACUCAUGAAACUGUAAUAUAGAAAGGACCUAUUUUGUCAGUUGGGGAGUUGGAUUGAUUCUUCUACUUGAGGAACAUAAAUUGCUCUUGCUCAGAGACCUGUACAUUCCCAUCUACUCUCUUGGCAAUUAGAGGGUUAAAAAGAAGAUGUAUAUCUGUUGCUAGUACACAAUUAUAGAAUAUGGUUUCUAAUGGUUGGCUUUUGAGGGACCCUCCCUAAAGAAUGAGUUAUGUAUCUCCUCUAGGAAAUCAUGGAAAAUUCUGUUUAUUCUUCAGUGAGUCCUUAUGAAUUAAUGUUCUUACCUUUUUCUAAGUCUGUGUAAGUGCUUAUGUAUAAGUAUAUAAUUGUAUAAAUAUUUAUAAAUAUAUUUAUAUAAUUACAAUGUCAUUUAUACCUUGAGUGGAAGUUCUCUCUUUAGAUUGGUGACUGGGUAAUAGCCCUCAAGGCUUAACUAGAAGCUUCUGAUUUAUUGAGGAAACAUAGAUUUUAUGGUAAUUCUCAGUUGUAUCUCUGACCUUGGAUAGAUACUUGCUUUCUGAAGAAUACUAUCAGUGGUGCAUUAGGGGGUAAAAUAUUGUUGGUAGUAAACAAAAGCAGGGGUCAGAAAUCUAAAAAUUCAGGGAGGCACAGGGUAAGAAGGCAUAUGCUCAGCUUUGGUGCUGUGAUAGCACCCAUCUCCACUCCCAGCAAAGUCACAGCUAAAGCCCACAUCUGUCAAAAAUGUGAAGUCAAGAAUUUUCCCUAUAGGAUUCUGUUUCAUCUUCUUACCUAUUAACUUCUGUUUAUAAAUAUUCAGAGAGCCAGAGACACAUGUUGUUUGAUGAUAGGGUAUAGUUCUUUUUGAUAAGUUCAGCCCUGGCAUAUCCAUUUAUGAGAAACCAAAGUGAAUUUUUCAACUUGGAUUACUCUGAGAUGACCAAGUAUAUAUAUGUAUGUGUAUAUAUAGAAAGUGAUUUAAGCAUAUAAAAGAGACAGGACAUGUGACAUUCAUCUAACUUAGAUAUAAUGGGGUGUUCAUAGUAAAGGGUGUAGAAGAUUUUAUUUUAUUUUGAGGCAGGAGUAAAAUUAUCCUGAAGUUGAUAGAGAAGACCAUGUGAGAUAGAUGUACAUGGUAAGAGUGAAUAAGGAAUACUGCCUUGUUCAAGAACUUAAUCCACUUAGAAAAGAUUUAUCCUAGUUUGUCUCACUCCCGUUUGUCUCACUCCCUUUGCAAGUUCCGUUGCUCUUUGGGAAAGAGGUUUUAUUGAAUAGUUUGGAUGAGAUCAGUAAAAUUAGUUUUUAAAAAAAGUCCUUAUAGGUAUUGGGAAAAGCUUGAAAGAUCGUUCAAAAAAUGGGGAGGGAAAGAACAAGAUAGAGAUUGAGAAUAAAUGAAAAGAGACAAAGGGAGAUGAAAUGAAAACUGGCAGGACAAAAGUGAAGAGAAUACUUUUUAAAUUUGAUUCAGGAAAGAACCAGUGAAGAGAAAGAAUGGUGCCAAAUAAGGAAAAGAGCAGGGAACUGAUCUUGAGUAACUAAUACAUGCUAGGUACUUCAUAUGCAUUAUCUCCUUUAAUCUUCCUAAGAACCCUGCAAAAUGUGUUUUUCGUAUUUUAUAGUUAGAAAAGAAAAGUGAGGCUCAGAGAACUUGCUAUGGAUGUCACAGCUAGUAAGUGAAAGAAUCAAAAUUGGAAUCCAGAGUCCAUGCUCUUUUCACUCUGCCAUGCUGUAUUCUCUUACAGUGGGGGAAUAAUUUACUCAAAAGGUUAUCUUUCCAUUGUUUUAGCUCUGUAAAUUAUCAUUUGAUUUUAUGUAUUUAAAGCUAGGGAAAAGUUGAGAUAAAGCUUGUGGGAUUUACCACAUGCCUAUAAAUUCUUAUUUAUGCCAUUAUUUUGAGGGGCUAAUUAUUAAUUGCUUUUUUAAAAUGACACGCUGAUGAAAAUGUGAAAGGGAAAUAGCUAUAUGGCAUUAUUUGCCAAGAAUAAAUGGAAAGGAUGAAAAAGUUUUUAUCAAUUUUUGUAACCAUUUUUUUCAGAAAAGAUAAAACUAUCUUCUAUAUCCCAUCUCUACAAGAUUAUUGAACCCUGUAUGUGUAUGCUUUUAAAUCCUUUAUAAAAUUCUACUUCCUCGACUCUACAAGUCAACAGUUAUUUAUUGAGCCCUUAUUCAGAGUUGGAAAUGUUUUGAAAUCUUAAAUCUGGUUCUUGCCUGUUAUCCAGCUGGGGAAAUGUACUACUCAUGAGAUAAUUGGAGGACAUAUAAAUGCUUAUCUUUCUGGGGCUGAAUUAUAAUUACAGUAGAAAUUUAGAGUGGGGCAAGAAUAGUGUGGGUUUUAGUUAGGAAAGUCUUCAUCAAGAAAUGACUGGAAGGUGGCAGACACUAACUACUAGACUUAACGUAGGCCUUAAGUUGACCAAUAAGGCAUACCCAGUACCCAAGCAGGAAAGUAUUGAUCCUAGCACUAAAGAUUCUUGCCUACCAAGGAUCUCAGUUGGACACAGGGAAGAUACCAGUGGGAGCCACUUGCAACUGAAGAAAUGAAGGAAAAAUUUAAUUUCUUUAUCCAGCAGCAAACUAAAUGUAUAGUAUAUUACAUAUGAUAUGUGGAAAGGGCACUAUAUGUAGGCAUAGGUGCACGUAAGUAACAGCACUGCUGCUAAUUAAUUGUGUUAUCUUGGCAGGCCUCUUUUCUUCUGAGUCUCAAGUUCCUCAUCUAAAAAUGGAAAGAAUUGGACUAGAUCAGUAGUUUCAGUCCUUUCAAGUAAAAGGACUCAAAUUUAAAAUUUGCCUGGUGUAGGGUAGAGAAUUAAUAGAGUCCCUCAUGAUAGUAUUAAUCUUAUUAAUCCCAUAAAUGGAGAAAAUGUAAAUGUACAUAUGGAAUUGCAGACCUCUUGCAGUAACUCUAGGGACCCACAGAUUGUAAACCACUGAAUUGGAUUAUCUCUGAAAUCCUCCACUCUGAAAUUUUAUUUUUCCUUGUCUCCCCUUUAUAUAUUAUCCCUAUAGACAAUUUGUUUGCCUUUUUUCUGUAUUCAGGUAUCCUUUGCCCAGUUAACUUGAUCUAACCUCACUGUGAUGAUUGAAAUCUCCAAAAAGGAGAAUGUGCUAGUUAUUUCUAGAUCUUUUAAACACAAUUCAUUAAUUUUUAAAACGAACGCUGUGUUCCUAAUCAGUAUUGAGUAUGACUGAAAUUUAAUUAAUGAGAACCAAAUAUUUCACUGACACCAGAGUUAAAUUUUAUUCUAUAGGUGUGCUUAGAAACAGCAUUUUACUGGCUGGGCAGUUGUUGGAAGAUUGAAAAUAUUUCUUAUCCUAUAGAGUGUAUCUCCAUUGUAUCAUCUACCCUCGUCUUUUUUUGGAGGAGGAUGUGCCUUUCAUUCAGCUGCUCAGUAGCAAAUACCGGGAUGCAGGUUGAUGAAUAUGAGUAAGGUCUUAUAUAAAACCAAAUGAGAAUAGGAGGAACCAACUCUUAUGAUGAAUAUGGCAGUUUUCUGAUAACGCUAGCCUUGAUGAAUAGGCUACUUAAAGACAGCUGUGUCUAUGAAUAUUCAGCUUCAUCCUUGCUUAGCAUUUUAUUUAUUGUCUUGCUGUGAAAACCUUAAUAUUACAUGGAACAUAUUUUAGAAUAUUGGCAACAAUGUUCUUUAGUCCUGAAAAUAACCAAGGAAGAAUAUCAUACCAAUAUGUUGAUUUCUCCUUUUAAGAAGCGAUUUUGGCAUUUCAGUGACGAUUAUUUUGGUCUUUGACUCACCUAUGUGUUAAUAUUACUAGAGAGACAAAUUAGAAUCAAGAGUGUUUUUCCAGAAAUUUUGAUAGGUUAGUUAGUUUUCCCAUUAACUGAACUCACGUGGUUACAUUAUUGGAUGUGAUGAAGACAAUCUUAUUAGAAAAUCUUUUAAUCCUACUUUCUCUUCUCAUUUCUCUAGUCUCGAUCUUUGGCAUCCAUUCUCUGCAAGUUAAUCAUUUUUAACAUAAUUGGCAUUUAAGGAAUUCCAUAUUUAAAUGUGUACCACAUUGCAUUUUUUAUAAAGUAGUAUACAAGGGAAGAAUUUGAGGCAAAAAAACACAAAAUCUCCUUAUAGCUCAUUUUCUCUCUUAAGGAGAAUUCUCUCAUUCCAAAUAGAGAAUGGCUAGCUCAGUGAUACCCCUACCCCUUUUCGAUGUACAGAAUGCUACUGAAUUGCUUAGAAUUUCAGUUUUCUUAAAAAUCUGUUUUGGUACAAGCCUUUGUUUGCCUGAUGAUCUCAAAAUAAACUUGGGCAAUCCAGUGUGAACUGCUUUAAUAAAACAUGAUUUAGCAUUUCUGUAAUGAGGUAUUUCUUGAAAAAUGUCCAGAUUCACUUAAUGGUUAGAGUUGCAAAUACCAAUGGUAGUAUUUUGCCUAAGAAUAACCACAUAUUAAUCUAUAAAUAUAAGUUGCUUUGGUUUAUUUAAUUCUUUGGCAACAAAAAGCAAGUUUUUGUUGUAUGUCUGAUGAUAUUUCCUCUAAAGAGAUCGAAAUCCUCUGAGAUUUUUAUAUCCUAUAUAAAGUCACUUGGAUUUUCAAAUAGGAAGAAUAGACAAGCUAAGCUGAAUUGAACAUAAGUAAUAUUUUAUCUCUAUCAAAAGAAGUUAAUAGUCUAACUGCACUACUAUGAAACAUUCAUAUAUUAGAUGUGAUAAAAUGGGAAAUAUUACAAAUCAUUUGAUAAAUUCUGGUCUGGAAUUACAUCCUCCCUUUCUUAAAAUCUUUUUAUUUUCUUUUUCAUAGACCCAAUAUGGGAGUCUUAACUGUUACAGGAGAGAUUGUUGAUGUGGAACCAUUCCCUGCUAUUCUCUUUUUCUCUAUCAGGGAAGAAGGCUUUAUAGUACAUGUUACCAGGAUCCAUUUCAAGUUAGUAUCGUUGGAAUGUUGAUGCUCAGUUGGAUAUCUUACUGUUUUAAACAAAAUUUUACAGUACAUUUUUCUCAAAGCUUCUGUGUUCUUAAUGGAAAAGAUCAAUUAAUUGGUGUGAUUCAAAAUAUAAAUAGGAUUGUGACACUAAUCAUAUGCUCUUAAUAGCUUAAUAAUUUAUUGCCCUCAUAUGGAGUGACUAUUGCCACCAGAAAAAUCCCUUUUUACCUGCUAACUAGAGUGAAAGUAGUACAUGACCUCCACUUUUCAGUUGAGUAGCAAGCUUGUAAUAGGGGUUGUUUGUCUUACCGUUUGGGAACUUGUGCCUUGUUACUUUCUUAGGUUUGUCCCUUAAGUUUAGAAAGACUUUAUAAAACACAGGAAAACGAGACAGUAAAGCUAUGAGUUAAUCCCCUAGUCUUAGAUGUAAAGAAACGAGUACCAGUUGGUGCUAACAUGAUAUGUAUUCUUUGAGGGACUUCCAUCCAAGCUUUGACGUGAAUCUGUUAGAUACAAUUCUUUACUCCUUUAAGAAUUUUUUGUUUCCAGAAUGGUUUUCCGUUUGAUUAUUAACAAAUUCUAAGCAUCUGGUGUCUUUUUUUUUUUUUUUUUAAGGAAAAAAAACAGAAAACAAACAAACAAACAAAACUUCAACCUCUUAAGAAGCAAAGUCCUUUUUCCAGUAGGUAUUGGCUGUUCCAUAGUAAUUCACUCACAGGAGUGUUUGUAGACUCUGCAUGCUUUGUAUGAGUUCAGUUUGAACAACGCGUUUUGAAUCAUCUGGGAUGCCCAGUCCUGGCAUGUCUUCACUAAUUGUGUUUAUAAACACUUACCAUGUCAUUUUCCAAACCUCACUUCCCAUCUUAUUCAGAGAGGUUAAUCAAGGAAUGAAAUUUGUUUGGGGAUGGGGAUGGGGGUGGGAUGGGGAUUUGAGAGAAGUCAACUUGGGGUGUUUGCUUUUAAAGUGUUUCUCAAGCAGUUCCUAACAGUAUUGAGAGAUUCCCUGGAAUGUUUGUGUACUCAGUUUAUUCUGGACAAAGUGGUGGUCUUUCUGAGAUUUGCAUUCUUAAUGCAGGACAGGCUCUAAAUUUAAUCUGUAGUGCAACUUUAACUGUUAUCAAAUUCAAGAAGAUGAUGGACAGAGACAGUGCUCCUAUUGUAGUGUUUCUGGCAAGUGUUCCCUAAGAUGCACAUAUAGAUCUGUUUUCUGGGCCUUUAAUCCCAUGGUGCUAGGAGAUACUUUUUUUUUUUUAAUUCAACUCUUCCCAAUAUCAGGAAGGCUUUUGGACAAGUAAGUAAUGGGUAGUUGGACCAUCCACCAAAUUCUUUAGUUCAGGACACACAAGAGACUCUCCUUUUGCCCAGUAAGUGAUAAUAAAGGUGCUAGGGAUAGCUUAAAUUCAAAGGCAUGUGGGGACACUAGAAAAUCUGAAUUUGUAGGAGGAGAAAAACCUGCCAUCAGGUAAAGCAGAGCUGUAACUGCUGGCUAAGACUCAGUGGAACUUCCACUUGCUCUAAAACCAGGGAAAUCUUAGAUAACUGGGUGUGAUAUAUCUAUAGAUAUGUUUAGUCUAUAGGUAAAUACUUUCUAAAUUGAGGAUCUCUUUCUCUGUUGGUGAUCCUCUAGUUUUGGCUGUACCAAAUUGUGGAUAUUCUUGCUGUAUUGUACCCGGUUGCUUUAUACUGAUACUGCAACUUGAAUUGGG